AUGUUUGAUCUUCUCAUAGAUGAGUCUCAACUGCAUGCUACAAUCCCGAAAGCAUAUCCACUGAGGUUCAAGGAUCUACCACUCGAUGCAACAAAAGAAAUCCCAAAAGCUGUACUGGAUUUCAUACACAGUUACACUGAUAUACGGUCAUCAUCGGGCGUAAUUUGGAACACGGUCGAUAAACUCGAUAGCUGGCCCUUGCAGCAACUCCAACGAAACUCGCCAGCUGUCCCAUUCUUCCCCAUCGGCCCUCUUCACAAAAUGGCUCCAACAUCAACCACUAGCUUAAUCGAGGAGGACACAAACUGCAUGUCAUGGCUCGAUCGAAAAGCUCCUAAUUCAGUCGUUUACGUGAGCUUAGGCAGUUUGGCAACAAUUGACGAAAAGGAGCUAAUCGAAAUGGCCCGGGGACUUGCCAAAAGCGAACAGCCGUUUUUGUGGGUUGUUCGUCCCUCUUUACUCAGCGGUACCGAUGAUGCGAUGGGAUCGUUACCGGAAGAUUUCAAAGAAGUGAUCGGAGAUAGAGGGCUCGUCGUUAAGUGGGCCCCGCAGAAGAAGGUCUUAGCUCAUCCGGCCGUGGGGGGAUUCUUCACUCACUGCGGUUGGAACUCGAGUCUUGAGAGCAUAUGCGAAGGAGUUCCGUUGAUAUGCAGACCGUGUUUCGCGGAUCAAACGGUGAAUGCGAGAUAUAUAACUCAUGUGUGGAAAAUAGGGAUUGAAUUGGAGAUUAAUAAUAAUAAUAGCAAUAAAAACAAUUGCUUGGAGAAGAGGAUUGAGAGAGCUGUUAGAACACUGAUGGUAAGUGAACAAGGCAAAGAAAUGAAAAAAAGAGCAAUUGAGAUGAAAGUUGAAGUAGAGCGUUCCAUGGAAAUUGGAGGUUCAUCAUGUCAAUCACUUGACCAUUUGGUGGAGUUUAUCAUUUCUUUAUCACGAGGGCCGGUCCGGCCUAUUCGAUGGCCCGGGACGAGAAUAUAAAUCGUGCCCUUUAUAAUAUGGGGUUUGGGGCUGAUUUUCCUUUUUUGCAUAUUAUGUUUAAUGACACAAUAUAAAUAAAUAUUUAUUAAUAUAAACUUCAUUAUCAAUAAAAGAUUGAAAAUAUUAA